CUGACAUCAGCUGACAAUGACAUUAUAUGUUGUGAUGGGUGACGUAGAUGUUUAUUAUUGUUGAUAAGAAAUUUUUAAUUUUGUUAUAUUUCCUUAAAACCUGAGUUUUAAGGAAAACUCUGAGACCUGCAUGCGUUCAGUUUGCUGAAAAGAUAAUUAAUAAAAUGACUAGGACAUAAAUGUUUGCUUACAUUUUUUGCAAUAGAAUAUUAAAAUUUAAGAGUUGAAAUUUUCUAAAAUGCCCAGAACCAAAAUGAUUGCCAAAAUUUGCCCAGCUUGCAAAGGACAGGUGCCAGUAGCAUGUAAAUCAUGCCCGUGUGGUCACUUUUUUUACAAUGCCAGAAGAAUUGCAAGAGAAUUUGCAAUUGAAGCUGAUUACCUUAGACGAACUGCGCGAGUACGACGUGAAAAACCUAACUACUACGACGCUUUAGAAUAUGACAAACACAUCAAGAAGUUAAAAAAGAGGCUAAGUGAAUCAAAAAAUGAAGAUGAUGAAGAUGAGGAGGAGGUUGUGGACAAGAAAGAAACAAAAUUAAAGAGAAAGAGACAAAAGAAGGUCGAAGAAGAUGAUGAGGAUGACCCCAUGGCAAAGUUGACACCAGAAAUGAUGAGCCAUUGUAGUAUGAUAUUAGACAGUCUUAACAGUAAAAUGCAAAUUGUUACAUGGAAACCCAAUAAUUAGCAAUAUUUUGAUA